CAGAAAAAAGGGUGUAAAUCCAUCGGUUGAAAAAUAGCCGUUGCCUUCUAAUCCAUCACUCGGGAUCGGAAAGGCGGCCUUCAUCUCGGAGCAAUCCCCCAUCCAAUUCGCCCAAAUCCGCAUCAGGCUGCUCUGAGAGAGAGAGAGAGAGAGAGAGAGAGAGAGAGAGAGAGAGGGAUGGGCAGGGCAAGAAGGGGAACGGCGGCCAAGGGCAAGAGGAGGCCGCGUGCUGCGGCGAAGGCGGCAGCCGUGGCGGGCGACGGACACGAGGAAACCAAAGAUGGACCUGAGAAAGCCGCCGGCGGCGGGGGUGGCUUCUUCUGCUGCUACCUCCUCCGGUCGCUCUGCCCGCGCAGCAAGAGCCGCACCUACAUCGGGUUCACGGUGAACCCGCGGCGGCGGAUCCGGCAGCACAACGGCGAGCUCCGAUGUGGCGCCUGGCGGACCAAGCGCGGCCGCCCCUGGGAGAUGAUGCUCUGCAUCUACGGCUUCCCCACCAACGUCGCCGCCCUCCAGUUCGAGUGGGCGUGGCAGCACCCUACCGAGUCGCUGGCCGUUCGCAAGGCCGCCGCCGAAUUCAAGUCGCUCGGCGGCAUCGGCAACAAGGUCAAGCUCGCCUACACCAUGCUCAACCUCCCUUCAUGGGAGAACUUGAAUCUCACGGUGAACUUCUUCUCCACCAAGAAUACCAAGUUCACCGCGGGCUGCCCGCCCCUCCCCUGCCACAUGAAGACUGUCGUUAGCCCGAUGGAGGAUCUCCCGUGCUACGUCGAGGGCCUUUCGUCCGAGGAUGAUAUUAUGGAGCCUAGAGAGGAUGAAGAAGAACGAGAUGCGGCUGUUGGCGGUGACACUUCUGAUCAUGGUUUGCAGACAAUGGAUUUGGGAACCGGAAUUGUAGGCGGUGAAUCAGACACUGAUGAGUUUUUUGCUCCAAUGGAUCGGAGUGAGGUCUUUGCAUCAGGAAUUUCAGAAUCCUCUGCAGCCCGGCCAGAGGAAGAAGAAACCAGAAGUGCUGGCUGUGAUGUUGAAUAUACCAUUGAUGACUUCGGUGAAUCAGACACUGAUGAGUUUUUUGCUCCGAUGGAAGGGAGUGAGGUCUGUGGAUCAAGAAUUUCAGAAUCCUCUGGGGCCCAACCAGUGGAAGAAGAAACCAGAAUUGCUGACUCUGAUGUUGAAUAUUAUCCCACUGAUGACUUCAGUUACAUGGAAUGGGGCGGAAUUCACGAGACAUCGGAAUUGCACGUGUCUAGAACACCACCUCGAUGUUCCUCGAGCUCGUGCAGCGAUGAUGUUGCCGGAAGAUCAGUAAACUGUGUGACAGGGGAAGCAUCUCCAGUGUUGAAGGCAGGUUCAGACGAUGGUAAUCUUUUCUUCCAUGAAAUUGAUGUGGUAGACUUGGUUACACCAGUCGCCCGGUAUGCUAGAGAUUGCAGCAAAGUGGCCAGCAUUUGCCCCAAGAUUAUUGAUCUGACAAAUUCCCCUAUUGUCAUUGAGUUGUAAUGCUUUGCUAGACUGAUCCAGUACCAAAUCUUGUUGUAGUAAAAUGUUAUCAUAGAAUAACAGCCCAGAGAUGAGACAGGUGUAUACAAUAGACGGAUUUGUACAAGACUGAGUGUUGAGACUCGCAGUACUCUUUUCUUGAGACAGAAUUGUUCACACAAAAAAAGUAUUCUUGUCGUUUCAUCAGAAAUAAUGUAUUGGGGUUCUACUAAUAUCUAUUGAAAUAUGUCAUCGUUUAACUGCUCA